GCAGCAGUGCAGUUAACUCUAACCUCACAAUUUGGUACAUUUUAGGUUAAAUCUCUCGGCAUAAAAUGGUAAAAAACAUGAGAAAUUUCGUAAAGGAAAUAACUGAACUGAAUGAUAGUCAUGUCCAUAUUAAAAAUGUUGAUCAGGUUAAUAAUGUAAUCCAUGGAUUAAUAACUGGGGGGCCUAAUAAACUUCAUGUUUUGUCUGAUUUUGACAAAACAAUAACCAAACAGCAUGAAAACGGCAAAAUUCAUCUAAGCAGCUUUGGAAUGUUCAGCAAGUGUCCCUCGGUUUCUGAAGAACAUUUAAAAACCGUUGAUGUUUUGGCUAAAAAAUACAGACCUAUUGAAAAUGAUCCUACAAUGCCCAUUGAAGAAAAAAGUAUUCUGAUGGAAGAGUGGUGGUUGCUUUCAGAAAAAGCUUUAGUGGGAUUGCAAGUUAGUCCUAAGGAACUCGAGGAUGUUUGUUUUGAAAUUGGACCUUCUCUAAGGGAGGGCUCAAAAGAGUUGUUCGAUUCUUUUAAUGAAGUUCAGAUUCCGGUACUGGUAUUUUCAGCUGGACUAGGCGAUACUGUCGUAGCUGUUCUAAAACAUUGUAAUGUUCUAUUACCUAAUGUUGAGGUCAUAUCAAACUUUUUAAAAUACAGCGAUGAGGGAAAGAUUAUGGGUUUUAAGGACAGGCUUAUUCACUGUUAUAAUAAAAAUGAAUUUGCUAUAAAAGGAACUGAAUUCUAUAAUAAAAUAGUAGAAAGAAGUAAUGUGAUAUUGUUGGGAGAUUCCAUCGGUGAUGCUGGGAUGACGGAGGGAAUGGAUCAUUUGGAAAAUGUGUUGAAAAUUGGAUUUCUCUAUGAACGGAGUGAAGAGUACCUGCCAAAGUACAUGGACACUUUUGAUAUCGUACUAGAAGACGACCAGACAAUGAACGUACCCAGGGCUAUUUUAAACUUUGUGCUAAAUUAUUCUAAACAUCGACAAGAAGAAGGUGAAAAAUAAUCAUAUGCUGAUUAUUCUAGCUACUAUUUAUUUGCUCUCUAAGAAGAAACGUAGAGAUUCACUGCAUGCACUACUGAAAAUACUGAAAAAAUUCCAAGCACUUAGUCGAAACCUGUACUUAUUAUGUAAUUUCUUUUUACAUUUUAUGCCGAUAUUGAAACUAAAUUCUAAAUAAAAGGUGCAGCUUUUUAUGUCCCAGUAAA